GCCAUGGCCUGCUGCAGUCUCUGACGUAUUCGACAGUUUUCGGCUCGUAUUUCACCUGCAGCAGAAGCCAAACAGAGGACAGGUGUUCUACUAAAUGACCGGGUCCUCCAUGAGAGCGAGCUGUUUUAUUUAAAAUCAGUCAGCAGCUGUAAAACCACCAUGAGGCUCAGGUUCAGCCGUUGGCAGAACAAGAAGAGCGACAGCUGCGGCUGGCGGCUCCAGCAGCAGACGCUUCACAUGUAAGCUGCUCUCUCUCCUCCGGAGCUGGUUCGUUUUAUUUUUUUACUCCCUUGUUGUGAUAUUUUAACUGCCGUUUACCGCUGGGUACCUUUUUUAAAUCUUCAUGGACUGAGUGUAAAAACAGCAACAGCCGGAGCUUUAACAGAGGAGGAGCGUUCAUCUCUACGGUUUAUUAAGGCGCAGCAGAGACAGGGACUCUACACCCAGACGGACAGGAGUCAACAUGUUUGAGGGCAGAGGAAUCCCCUUUGUUGUGCUCGAUAUAGCCUGUCUGAUUCUAGGGGGUCUACCUCUGGCAAUCUUUAACCUGGGUAAGAUCCGUCCUUACCAAAUGGGCUUUUUCUGUAGCGAUGACAGCAUCAAGUACCCUUUCCACCACAGCACAAUCCCCUCCACUGUGCUCUACACUGUGGGCCUCGGCCUGCCUAUUAGUUCUAUGAUCUUAGGCGAGUGCCUUUUAGUUUAUCUAAACCGCCUUAAAUCCAAGUCUACGUUUGGCAGCUAUGUUGCCUGUGUUUACAAAGCUGUUGGUACAUUUCUGUUCGGUGCCGCCAUGAGCCAGUCCCUGACAGACAUCGCCAAGUAUUCAAUCGGCCGGCUCAGGCCGCACUUCCUGGAUGUGUGCAAACCCAACUGGAAUCUCAUCAACUGCUCUGCAGGGUUAUACAUUGAAAACUUCACCUGCACUGGAGACACAAAGAUGGUCAACGAGGGCAGAUUGUCCUUUUAUUCUGGUCACUCGUCAUUCUCCAUGUACUGCAUGCUGUUCCUCGCUCUCUACCUGCAGGCUCGGCUUCGGGUCCAGUGGGCGCGGCUGCUCAGACCAACCCUUCAGUUCUUCCUGAUCGCUGCCUCGGUGUACACCGGCUUGUCCAGGGUGUCGGAUUACAAACAUCACUGGAGUGACGUACUGACAGGACUACUGCAGGGGGCCAUCAUGGCUCUGCUGGUGGUCUUCUUCGUGUCCGACUUUUUCAAAUCAGCAGAGUCCAGUAAGGAGAUAGACAUCCCUCAUACGACGCUCCAGGAAACUCCAACAAAUGGGAACCACUUUGAGAGUCCAAACUAAGCUCAGUGGGAAUGGGAGACCUUUCCUUCCAACGCACAGCCAGAAAUUCCAGCUAUGAAGGCUUUAAUCCCACUUAAAUCCCCCAUCCAGUACACUGCAUGGAAGUCCAGUUCAAACUACCUGAUCCUCUGAACCACAUAUGGCCUUGUUAAAUUUCACAUUUUCUACUAAUUUAUGCUCGUUUAUCAACACUUAAUAUGGACCCUACCCCCCAAAAUAACUGAUGCAGAUUUAAAUCAGACGCUGGAGCUGAUCUACUGAGGCGAAGGAAAACUUUGCAUGCACACACCUAAAGGGUCUGACCACUGCUAAGGAGGGGUGUUGGAAACCUGUGAAUGUAAUCCUGCUUAUUGCUUCUCCUGAACUGCAGUCAGUGUGUUUAAGAGUUUGAUUUAGGGUUAGCUUUAUGUCUCCAGCACUCAGAAUUAAGUAGAUGAAAAGUUUUAAAGGCAAUCAGUGACUCACUGGAGGAUGAGGCUGACUCUAAACCAAAGAACGGAGACCUGCUGCACAUCCAGGCUGCUGCUGUCUAACCUC